UACUGGGGGCUCCCUGCCGGCACCGGAUGGAUUCGGGCUGUCUUCACUCAGCAAUGGCUAUGGGUCUGUCAUCUAAAAAGGCAUCUUCUCGGAGCGUUGCCGUGGAGCGCAAAAAUCUCAUCACAGUUUGCAGGUUCUCCGUGAAGACUUUGCUGGAGAAGUACUCAGCAGAGCCCAUUGAUGACUCUUCAGAAGAGUUCGUCAACUUUGCCGCCAUCUUGGAGCAUAUUCUCAGUCACCGUUUCAAAGGCAGCACAGCAGGUCCGGGCAGCUGGUUCAGCCAUGACGGGCAGCGCGGCUUCUGGGACUAUAUCCGCCUGGCAUGCACCAAGGUCCAGAACAACUGCAUCGCGAGCAUCGAGAACAUCGAGAACAUCAGCACUUCACGAGCAAAGGGCCGGGCCUGGGUUCGAGUGGCUCUGAUGGAGAAGAGGCUGUCAGAGUAUGUGGCCACCGCCCUGAGGGACACCCGGACGACCAGGCGGUUUUACGACGAUGGCGCCAUCAUGCUGAGAGAGGAGGCCACGGUCCUGACGGGCAUGUUGAUCGGACUCAGUGCCAUAGACUUCAGCUUCUGCCUGAAAGGGGAGGUGCUGGACGGGAAGUCCAGGGCUGUGAUUGACUACACGCCAUACCUGAAGUUCACGCAGAGCUAUGACUACCUGAGCGAUGAGGAUGACCGGCGCAGUGUGGACAGCAGCGCCAGUGAGGAGAGCCUGCCGGAGCAUCCGUACAUCCCGCUGGUCACUGACGAGGAGAGCUGGAGCACCAAGUGUCGCAGGAUGGAGCACAAGUUCAAGAUCGUAUACGCCCAGAAGAGCUACCUGGAGGAGCUGGUGCGUCUGCGGGAGUCGCAGCUGAAGAACCUGGAGACGGAGAACAAGCGGCUGGGCGUGAGGCUGGACGAGCUGGUGCAGCAGAGCCAGCAGGAGAAGAAGGAACUGGAAGACAUUAUAUUGGAACUGCAGGCCCAGCUAGCGGCGCUGAUCCCCUGCGACUCCAGCCACCUGGCCAAGGAGCUGCCCCUCUCGCUGGUCAACCAGUGGCAUCGACUUCAGGGCCAGAACAAUCAGGAGAAUGUCAAGCUCUUCCGCAGGAGGAGCUUCCACAGUCUGGACCAGCUGUCCACCGAGACGAGCCUGAAUUCUGAUUCCCAGAAGACUGAUGGUCCUCAGAAUGGUGACGUGUGGUGCUCCGCAGGUAAAGACUACACACCCUCUAUGCUUGGCCUGUGUGGGUCUUUGGCUUCCCUUCCCAGCUGCAAGUCCCUCGCAAGCCUCAAGUCUAGCGAAUGCCUGGUGAACAUCAGCACGGAGGACAGCCCUGCUCUCUCUCCCAGCUAGGGGGCGCCAAAUCGCACACUUUACCACAGUCAGGUCUGAAUGUGUCGAGGUCUUGGGGGUGGGACGUUAUUGAAUGAAAGUCCCCCUCCCCCUUUCCUCCCACUGUCUGAACAUUUUGUCUUCUAAUGGUCCCAAGCGCCAGAGACUAUCUUGUUCUGAAAGGUAAAUUAAAGGGCAGACAGAUGUUGCUGGACCAAUAGUCUCCCAUUUCCUGUUUAGCCCUAUGCGAUGACAUCAUCGGAUCCAGUACACAGUAGUGUCAUAGUCCAUAAUAAACUCUCCCACAUAAACAUACAUUCAUACUCUUCAUAAGGCAAUACCAUGAACCUACUAUAUCUGUCCUCAAUAUUUGUCUAGUGGCGACUAUCUUGUCAUGUCAAAUUAUAUCCCGGAUAACGUGGACUUUUUUGCCAAAUAUCUGGCAACCAGUCUCAGCAUCAGCUUGGUGUUUCUAUGACUGAGUGAUCGGCGAAAUUAUAGCCAUCGAUUAUUUGACUGCAUGUCUGGUAUUUCCCUUCAAACUGGAACAUUGAUGUGUUUCAUCAUAGUCAUAUCCUGUUAUUUACAUAUAAAUAUAUGCAGAUGUACAGUAUGUCACCAUGUAUGUGUAUAUGAACACCUGCAGCUUCUGUAUAACGAUCUUAUUUGAUCAUUUAUGUUGUUUUGUUCAUACAUAUAUUUAUAUAUUUUUUUCUUAGCCCUAGUUUGAUGUAUUUAUUCCUGGAGAAUGGGGUGUCCUUGUCGUUCUGAAUGUAUAAUGCUCCCUUUUCAUCGCCAUAAUGUUGCGCCUACGUUCACAAUGUAAAAUAAAGUAACAAAUAGCCAUGAUAAAUUAAAAUCCAUUUCCAAGUUUAACUCGAGUCAAUCUAUAAAUACGCCACUGCCAAUACAUUCAAUUCAAUGCAUUCGUGUGAUUUGUGUAAAAUAUAGAUCGUGACAUUUACCCCUA